UAAUUCCUUUAACCAACGAGCUCUGUGAGGUAUUCCAAAUGGACACCUCUCACGACCAAUUGUCACAAACAAAAUCUUCAAAGGAUCUUGUUAACUCCCUUACUCUUCCCUAAUCUAACCCAAUACAAGUAGAAAGUUCUACUACAAAGUUUCCUAGGAAAUUGUCUAACACCAAUCCCACUAAACCAAAAAAACCUAAUAUAAACCCUGUCACUCCUAAAAAUACCAAGACUGCCAAUUUCAUCAAGGAGGAGAAACAGACUCCUUCAAAUCCUUCAUUACCAACACCUUCCAACAAUGAACAACCUUUCCCCACUUUCCCUCAUCUCCCAAAUCCAACAAUAUACUACACCUCUCCCCCACUUCCUCAGAAUUACCAACCCCUAUCUUGGCUAGAAGCAGGAUUGAUGGGCUAUGUAAUCACGUUCAACAUGGACAUCAAUGGCCAGGAUACGAUCCUUAUCAUCCAGAGUACCCCUUACCUUGCCCAACUAAUCUCCGAAGGGAUGAGGUUAGCUAUGAACAACUACAUGAACCAAAUGUGGAUUAACAAUGUCCUACAUCCCUUGGCUCCAACAAUGAAUCAAAAUCUUAUCCAAGCCACGCAACAACAAUAGAAUCUUGCUCCCCAAGCAAACCCUCAAAUCCCAAAAAACCUACCAGUGGAUCUUCCAUUCUUUCUACCGGAGGAGCUCUCCCAAAUCAACCCCAUAUUCAUUCCAUGGGACAUGCAUGCAACAACAGAACAUGCAAAUGCCCAGAACAACAUCCCAAUGCAGAUGGGAGUCAACCACCCUCCCAAUGUGCAAGAACCAGUAGAAAAUCACAUAAAAGAGGAGGAAGAAAUAAAUCCUCUACUUACGGAAUCGAGUGUGGAAUUUGCAAACCUAAACGAAGUAAAAGUACUACUAUUCAAGGAGAUGUUGAGCAAGAAAUUCAUUUUCAACUGCCCUCCCUCAAUGUUCAAAUGCUCAAUAGACAUAAGGCCUCCACGGGACCCAACGGUGGGAAUCCAUGCAGUGAUCUUGGUCCCAUGUCAAAGGAAGACCUCAAACUCCAACUUUGAGGAGGAGGAAAUGACUGUCAAUCCAAACCACCAACCAAGGAUGAUAAGAUCCACUAGAAUCAUCUUUAGGAAUGUCCUAGGUGCUAACAAUGACGACUUUUGUCGUAACUUUAGUGAUCUAGGUGACACUCAAAAGCCUUGCUUAGUUUCUCUUCUUGAAACCAGAAUGACAAUGCAUGGUUCCCUUCUAAAUGAUUUUAAUUUUACUGAGAUGAUCGAAGUUCCCUCUGAAGGCCAAUCUGGAGGUAUGGCUAUUCUCUAUGACCAUACCAUGGUCACAGUUAAUAAUUUCACAAGGAGGGGUCAAAAAACUCUUUGCAAUGAUAGAGAAGGACAAGGAACUGGUGAUCUGGCAUACCUUUAGAGAAGGAAAUGGAGUUGCUCACCUGCUAGCCCAGGAAGGAGCCAAAUAACCAAAGCAAUAUGGUUUAGAAUGUUAUGUUGUAACCCCUACCUUUGUUGAGUCCAGGAUGCUGGAGGACAAGAAGGGGUUUUCUCCUGUUAAUAAAUCUAUUUGUGAAAGUAAUUGUUGGAAACUUGGCAACCUAAUUGCCUUAUAUGGCCUUUCAUCCCUUUUUAAUGAUCCAAUGGAUUUUUUUAAUGGA